CAAGUUAUACGAAAUAAUAUAUGCUUAUCUUUCAGCUGUUUCCUGUUGCAUUUCACAUAACAGAUUUCUCUGGUCAAAUAAUAUUAUUAUAAUACCAGUUUUCUACGCUGAAAUGGAUAUGGAUAUAUUUGACCAAACACAAUACUGUAUAGAUAAAACUAAAAAAAAAAAUAUACAUAAAUUCGAAGAAGAAUCAAAUAAUGGUAUAUUAAGCGUAGUACCUUCGAAAUUGAAAUUUAAUUUUGAUUUCGGAAAUUUUAAAGUUCAAGAGAAAACAGUAGAAAUUACGAACUUUUUUGUUAAACCGUGUCCCAUUCGAUUUUUACCAUUGGAAACUCAUUAUUUCAGGUUUAAAGAUAUUUAUCAGAGAACAUGGCUCAAUCCUGGAUCUGUUUUCAAAAUGAAUAUUUUAUUUAUACCUGAUGAAAAUAGAGAUUAUAAUGACACUUUAAAAAUACUUUAUUACAAUGAUCAAACAACGCAAAUAAAAAUCUACGCGGAAAUGACGACCAAAUUUUCCUUUCCCACUAUUGUGAAUUUUGGACAUGUACCACUUGGUCGAACGGUUUGCUACAAAAUACCAAUACAUUCCCACGCAGAGAAAGAUUUUUCUUUCACUAUUAUACCAUUUAACGGAGGAUCGUGUGUCGACGUUUAUCCUCGUUGGGGUCACAUAAAAUCAAAGCAGAAUCCUGCAAUAAUUGCGAUUAUUUAUAGGCCUCUUAGAUAUAUAAGUAUGAAUUUUGAAAUUCGAAUAUUCAUAUCUGAUCUAUGCAAAAGUCCACAUAUUAUAAAUUUCUAUGCCUAUACUCGACCAGGUCUUUUACGGACCGUUGGGUGUAUUUUUAUUUCAAACUAUGGAGCAAAAAGUGCAAAAACUGAAAGAAUUUUUGGUAAAAGUAGAAAAUCGCUAUCAAGAAAAUGAACAAGUGAAAUAUCAUCAUAAGGUGA